AUGGGUGAAUACGGCGAGCAGGCACCACGAGUUGCGUUGAGUUCUGCCAAAACUGAGACUCCUAACUUGACCCAUCGGGUCAAGAGGAUAUCACGAUCAGCUCCCUUCUCCCAGUUCAUCGAGGCUGUGGAACAAGAUGGCUGUGUAAUCGUUCGCGAUUUCACCGAUCCGGCUACGGUUGAACAGGCAAAUCAGGAGGUGAAACCUUGGUUAGAAAGGCAGGAUGCCGGAGCAAAAGUUGGCGCGCUAGGAGGGAAGACGAGAACAGUGACAAAACUUGUGGGCAGAAGUCCAACGGUCCGAGAGAAGUUCUUCGCCGAUCCUAUUUAUCAAGGUCUUUGCGAACACUUUUUGGCGCUUGAAACGACACAUUGGUACGGGCCUAAACCUCUGACAACGACAAGUCAUCCAUUACUUUCAAUUUCUAUCACGUUCGACAUCCCUCCCGGAACUCCAGCGCAGGGUUUGCACCGCGACGACAAAAAUCACCAUGCCCGCCACACCAGAACCGAAAAGUACGAGAAGGGCCGUGAUGUGCUUCUUGGUCUCUUUGUGCCGGGCUGCAAUACCUCAAAAGCGAACGGUGCGACGCGCAUUGCGCCGGGCAGUCACCUCUGGGGCGACGACCUGCCAGACUUUGGCCCAGACGGAGGGCAAGGCGUCCUUGAUGCUGAAAUGCAAAUGGGUGAAGCAUUUAUCAUGCUGGGCAGUCUCUACCACGGUGGCGGGGCAUAUGAAAAGCCGCUGGGGACAGGCGGGCCGGAGAGCAGGACCGUCCACGCCAUGUUUUCAUGCACUGGAGUACACCGGCAGGAAGAGAUCUCCUUCUUGUCCUAUCCCAUUGAAGAGGUCAAGACGUAUUCAAAGCUCGUUCAAGAGCGACUGGGCUGGAAGCAAAGCGAGCCGAACCUUGGUUGGGUAGACCUGAAGAGUCCAGAAUUCCUGCUUGAGUCGUGA